UUCUCUCGUUUCUCACCCGGCUCAGCUGGAGGCGUCCACCCAGAAAGUGAAAUGACGUAGCCCUCUCGGUGAUACCCGAGCGCUUAGCCUGUGCCGCUGACUGAUGCCAGGGGUAUCCGAGCCGGACACUGAAUAUGGCCCUAGCCUAUUUGGAGACUUAACUGACAAAACAGAGGGUCGCAUAGCAGAUGUGUAAGAUCAGGCGUGACUCAGCUCCCUGGCCUCCCAGCUGACCGGCGAGAUGCACGGCGGUGGUAGGCUCUGAGAUUGGCCAAGCAGCGGCUGUUACUGGGCUGCUCUGGCGGAGCGUCUCCACUCGGGGACUAGUCGGCUGUCCGCCAGGGGGCAUUACCGCUGAGGGGCUGCUUGCGCUCAGUGGAGAACCCGCAUAUAGCUCAGUUCAGAUUGCUGAGUCGAGUGAUUUAAGAUAGGUGAGUAUUGAGCAGCCAGUCUUGCAACUUGUUGAGCAUUGUGUAAGACAGCAGGACACCGCAGAUAAAAGUCGCCCGGCUACAAGCAAGCCCCUUUCUUGAGGUGCAAUAAAGUGGACCAGAGGAACAUGGAGAUUGGAUUGUGGAGUUCGCACAGACCAAGUAGUCUGCACCAUAUCAAUAUGAGGAUGAUGUCGUCGCCCAGUCGGAUGCUGGUGUGCGCGCUUGCUCUGGCGCUGUGCUUGGUGGAGGUCGCCUCGGCAGAAACACUGUGCGGAGGGGAACUGGUGGAUGCGCUGCAGUUCGUGUGCGAGGACAGAGGGUUCUACUUCAGUCGGCCGACCAUCCGCAGUAGUAACCGGCGGCCCACCACGCGCGGCAUCGUGGAGGAGUGCUGUUUCCGCAGCUGCGACCUGAACCUGUUGGAGCAGUACUGUGCCAAGCCCGCCAAGUCGGAGCGGGACGUCUCGGGAACGCCACUGCAGGUCAUACCUGUGCUGCCCGUGCUCAAACAGGAGGUGCCCCGGAAGCACGUGAGCGUCAAGUAUUCCAAAUAUGACGUGUGGCAGCGCAAGGCAGCCCAGAGGCUCCGCAGGGGCGUUCCCGCCAUCCUCCGGGCGCGGAAGUUCCGGCGGCAGGCGGAGCGCAUCAAGGCCCAGGAGCAGGCGGAGCGCUCCCACCGACCCCUCAUCACACUGCCCAGCAAGCGGCCGCCCGUCCUCGCGCACACGCAAAACUACGUCAACCACAAAUGAGAGCCGGGGAGCGGCGCUUUGCACAGGAGAAGAGUUUUAGAAAAGAAGAAGAAGAGGAAGAAAAAAAACUAGGGGAUUAAAGCUUUGUCUCUGACGUCAUCUCUGUGGCAGUUUUCUCCUCUCCAUCAGCCCCCCAGUCCCAGACGACGACCCCCACCC